AUGGGUGUCUUUCACCAUGAAGAGCCACCAAAUCCUUCUAAGAAAUGUAAAUUCCUUGCUGCAACUUUGAAGGAUGUGUUUUCUAAUUGCAAUGCUUGUGGUGGACGGAUUUCAACUUCAAGUCCGGAGGAAGAGUAUCCAACAACGGACGUUGAUGAUGAACAGGAAGUUAUUGUUUCAGAAAUUCGAAGCCGAGCCAUGGAAAAGUUGAGGCACAAACCCCUUAUUUUUUCUGACAGCUUUUCCUGGGUAUACUCUCCGAAAACAGGAGAAUUGUUUGUAGCUCCGAAGGCUGUUCAAAACAAGGAUGAUGAUGACAGCAGCAAUGACGAAAAUGAUGAAUAUAAUGAUACACGAGAGGAUUUUUUCUCCAUUGGGAGUUGUUUAUCCUGCUGUUCGAGUGCUUUGAGCAGGGAAGCAUUUGUUUCUGCCAAGACAAACUUCUCUCGAUGUUCAAGCUUCAACGGGCUUGAGUUUCCAGAUUUUCCAAAGCGUUCCAUACUCCAGGAGUUCUGUCACUGUCAGGGAUGGCCAUUUGGUCUAUGCAGGAAGGUUGUGUUACUUCCACCUUUGCCCAAAUCCCCUUCUGAAUCUUGGUCCUGGCGUAAAGGUGUUAGAAUCGUUAAAACGGCUUAA